AUGCGUUCCGCUCAGUUCCUUGCCCUCGCGAUGGCCGUCGCCACCUCCGAGGCCGUCUCUCAGGGUUUCAACUACGGUGCCCUCAAGGUCGAUGGCAGCCUUAAGACCCAAAGUGACUUCGAGACCGAGUUCUCGACUGCUAAGAACCUCGUCGGAACCGACAAUGCCUUCACCAGUGCCCGUCUGUACACCAUGAUCCAGGGUGGCACAACCAACGGCCCCAUCUCGGCCAUCCCCGCUGCCAUCAAGGAGAAGACCACCCUUCUCCUUGGUCUCUGGGCUUCCGGCGGUGACAUGAGCAACGAGAUCGCUGCCCUCAAGUCCGCCAUCUCCACAUACGGCGAUGCCUUCACUGACCUCGUCGUCGGUAUCUCCGUCGGCAGUGAAGAUCUCUACCGUAACUCCGUCAUCGGUUCCAAGUCCAACGCCGGUCCUGGUGUCGAACCCGCCGAGCUUGUUGACUACAUCAACCAGGUCCGAUCCGCCAUCUCCGGCACUUCCCUCGACGGUGCCCCCAUUGGCCACGUCGACACCUGGAACUCAUGGACCAACAGCUCUAACGCUGCCGUCGUUGAGGCCGUCGAUUGGCUCGGUUUCGAUGGAUACCCCUACUACGAGAACACCGACCCCAACUCCAUCGACGAUGCUAAGGCCCUCUUCAACAAGGGCGUCGAGAAGACUAAGGCUAUCGCCGGCGGUAAGGAGGUCUGGAUCACCGAGACUGGAUGGCCCACUACUGGUCCCACUGAGAACCUCGCUGUCGCCAGCAUCCCCAACGCUAAGCAGUACUGGGAUGAGGUCGCCUGCCCUCUUUUGGGUGUUACCAACACCUGGUGGUACAUCCUCGAAGACGCUGGUACUACCUCCCCCAGCUUCGGUGUCACUGGCUCCUCCACCGACACCACCCCCCUGUACGACCUGAGCUGCAAGAAGACCUCCACAUCUUCCAGCGCUGCCGCCGGUUCCUCUAGCACCUCCGCCUCUGGCUCUUCCGCCACUGGCUCCGGCUCUGGCUCUGGCUCUGGCUCUGGAUCUGGCUCUGGCUCUGGCUCUGGCUCUGGCUCUCACUCUGGCUCCGGUAACUCUGGCUCCGGCUCUGGCUCUGGCUCCGGAACUGGCUCUAACUCCGGCUCCAACUCUGGCUCUGGCUCUGGAUCUGGAUCUGGUUCCGGCUCCGGCUCCUCCUCCGUCGGUCCUUCCUCCUCAGCUGUGAGCAGCGGCAUCCGCCCCUCCACCAAGCCCAAGUCCAAGAGCGCCUCUGCCUCCGCCACCGGUGUCCCCUCCAGCACCGGCUCUGGUUCUUCCCCUGUUGCUACCGGUGGCAGCAACCUCGGCUCCGGUAACUCUGGCUCUGGUUCCGGUUCUUCUGCCUCUCCCUCCACCUCAACUCUCCCCGACAGCUCUGCCACCCGUGUCGCCGGCUCUGCCGUCGGUGCCCUGGUUGCCGCUCUCGCCCUUGCUUUCACUUUCUAA